GAAAGUUUGUUAAUAUCGAUUUGUUUUUGUCGUGCCGACAAGAGUUGUCUGCUUCGGUAAUGAAUCAAAGUGGUGCCAGUGACACUGCCAGAUAUACCGCUAAAGGAUAUAAAGUUGAAUCCCGUUGGCUCGCACUCCGUCGGUGCUCGAGAAAGUGUCGACCUAACCAUUCUGUCAACAACGUGACAGUGUAACAGGGGACUUCGUUUUUGGUUCGAGCAUUGCGGUGUAUACGAGAAUUGCGGUGUAUUCGACCUUUCCGAAUUCGACCCAACGAGAUUCUAGUGAAUAUAUAUGACUUGGGACACAAAUGACUAACUACUAGUAUAUAUUUAAUUCUUACUGACAUCAUUUGUUUGAUCAAAUGUCUGCUACAGACGAAAGACAUCUUGGAAAUACAGACUCCAAAGAAUCUCGAACCCAAACGCUACCGACCGUUGACGUUGAGGACCAGUCUGCAGAGGAAAAAAGACGUACCGUGGAAUCUUAUAUUGAACACAAACGCGAACAAACGGCGACCGACAAGCAGGAAGUAGACUCUUUUGUCAUUGCCGAAGGAUUUAAGAACACCGAAGACAACAGGCAUCGCGAAGCAACAGUGACGGUUCCUUUCUUGGUACGAAAAACCGCUUCCAGAAACCUGGUGCCGUCACCGUGGAGAAGUAUCACCCAGCUCAUCGUAGUGUCCUACGUCAGUGUCUUGUUCUGUGUGGUGACGGGAGCGUUCGCCAACCAUUACGCUUGGAAGGCGAUGAGAUGCCGGGAGCUGGGACUCCUUAGCGAAUCGAAAAAGUUUGCAGCGUCUUCGGCGUGUUGUAUUUACAUUAGCUUUGCUAUAGGAGCUGUGCUUCUGGUUGUUAUUCCACCCGUAGUGUGCUGUGUUAUACUGUCUAUGUGUUGAUUCAUUGUGAUCAAAUACAGUGAUGCAAGUUUGUCAGCUGAACAAUAUAAUACGGAAUGCUUUAUUUCUGUUAUAGUAGCCCGAAUACUCUGACUGUAAAGAGAGCUAGACGGCAAUCUGAUUAAAAUUAACUCUACUGGGUCUAGCCAGUAGAUCUAACAGCAUUGCAUGGACUGCCAUGUCCAGGUGACAUUUCAUCUAUAAAUAACAAUUUAAAUAUCGACU